AUGAGAUGCUGCUGGUUGAAUUCUUGUUACUAUAUCUUUUCCAUCUUGUUGUCAAGUAGUAGCUUUUCGUACGGAAGACACACAUCAAAUUGGGCUGUCCUUGUAGAUACUUCGCGGUUCUGGUUCAACUAUCGACAUAUAAGCAAUGUCCUUUCAAUUUAUCGAAGUAUCAAGCGCCUUGGAAUACCGGAUAGCCGUAUUAUUUUAAUGGUGGCUGAUGAUGCAAGUUGUAGCUCGAGAAAUCCGAGACCAGCAACAAUCUUCAACAACCCUUACAGUCGUGUAAAUUUGUAUGGCGAAGAGAUAGAGAUUGAUUAUCGUGGUUACGAAGUUACUGUAGAAAACUUCAUUCGUGUAUUAACUGGGCGUUUACCACCUUCGACACCUACUUCUAAGCGCCUCAAUACUGAUGAGCACAGUAAUAUCCUAAUAUAUAUGACAGGCCAUGGUGGUGAUGGUUUCCUUAAGUUUCAGGAUGAUCAUGAGCUUUCUAACAGUGAACUGGCCGAUGCGAUUGAGCAGAUGUGGCAAAAACGUAGGUAUCAUGAAUUACUAUUCAUUGUCGAUACAUGUCAAGCUGAAUCAAUGGGCAAGUUGUUUUAUUCGCCAAAUGUAGUAGCCAUUGGUAGCAGCGCUAUAGGUGAAGAAUCAUUAUCUCUCCAUUCGGAUCGUGAAAUCGGAACCUAUGUUUCUGAUCGAUAUUCUUAUUAUACGUUUCAGUUUUUGGAGUCUGUUACUCCUUCAAGCAAAAGAACAUUGUAUGAUUUUUCCCAAUUAUGCCCUUUCUCAUUAUGUCAAUCAACUGUUAUCACUCGAUCUGAUUUAUUUAGACGUGAUAUACGUCAUGUACUUGUUACAGACUUUUUUGGUAGCGUACGUCAUAUAAUCCCUGGACCAGUUAUAGAAAUUAGCAAUUCCACUUUCUAUGAAAACGAUACAUUAAAUAAACAGUGA